CCAAAUAUCUUUGUGACCAAUUUAUUUUUGUCAAGCAAACUGUCGCCGCUGUUUAACAAGGUUACAGUAUAAUGAACAGAUACAACGUGAUGGACAAUUCCCUUCGAAAGCACCGUAAGAAGCUCGUGAUCGUGGGAGAUGGUGCUUGCGGGAAGACAUCAUUGCUCAUGGUUCAGUCUGGUGAACCUUUCCCGGAAGCAUACGUACCCACCAUUUUUGAAAAUUACAUUUCAAGAGUGUGCAUCUCCAAAGACAGAUUGUAUGAAUUGAGCUUAUGGGAUACAGCGGGACAGGAGGAUUACGAUCGUUUGCGACCAUUGAGCUACCCAGACACCGAUGUGGUUUUACUUGCCUUUGAUGUGACCAACCGAGACAGUUACGAAGGAAUCCGGGAAAAGUGGCAUCCUGAAACUCAUCACUUUCUUCACAAUGUCCCUCGAAUCCUUGUUGGAACAAAGAUGGAUUUGCGGCACCAGCCAGAGAUGGUUGCAGACCUGGCAAGGAUGGGGACACAUCCAGUCACAUAUGAAGAAGGCCUGAAGCUCUCGCAUGAAAUUCAAGCAGCAAAGUAUUUUGAGACUUCGGCACGAACGGGGGAAGGUGUGCACGAGCUGUUUGUUGCAGCUGCUAAGCUUGCCAACAAACCAAAGAGGAAGAUGCGGCAAUGUUAUUUUUUGUAAGAUGGACUUCACUAUAGAGGAAACAGCCAGCGCAAUUUCAUAUGUACAGUAUAGUAGAAUACAAGGCCACAGUCACAAAGUC